GUUACCUGGACGAAAGUGAAUCGACCUUGUCUCUAAGGUUUUCAGCAGUUUGUAAAUGGGACCACUGAAAUACCUCAUCUUCUCACUGGAGAGAAUUGAAAACAAAGGAAGAUCAAGAAAACAAAGGGGAGAUGAGGAGAAAAAGGGUUCUGAGAAAAUGGGCAAAGCUUUCACCGGAGAAAACAAAACAGUGGGCAAAAGGGAGGAAAGAAUUUCAACAGACUUUUCGGAUGUUUUGGCUGUAUAUACAGUGGAUGGGAUGGAAUAUGGGGCUGACACGUAACCCUAAUCUCUUUUUUUUUUCUUGAAAAAGUUCAAUUUUCGUUUAUUGAUUGUCACUUUAUUUUUAUAGAUUAAAAAGGAAAAUAAUUGAUAUAUAUUUUUUAAUUUUAGGGUUCGUCCCUUAUUCAUGGAGAGGCUCUGAUAUUUUCGGUAGCGACAAAAAUUGCUAGCUUUUGCAGUUAUAAAUUCGAGCUCAGGAUAAAGCAUUCAUAAAUCU